UGGCAGUCGAAUCUAAGGCCAUGGUCCGCAAUAAUGAAAUCAAAUCUCCAAACCCAUUUCGGAAUUCCUAGUCCGAUCCGAGUAGGAAAACGAAAGCAAAAACCCCAAAAACCACCAACCAGAAAAUUAGAACGAGUCCUUAACCUACGCACCCCCCAAAAACCCAUACCCAAUGUAAACCUGCGCCACCACAUUCUUCACGAUCCGCGGCUUUGAGGACGACAAAAGAGAAAAGAAAAAAAGAAGAAGAAAAAGUUAUAAAAGAAAAGUCGCAUCGCGCGAACUUUCUCAGAAGCCUUCACAUUGAUAACGAUCCAAAACCCCCUCCCUCUCUCUCUCCGCGCUCAAGUUCCUUAGAAUUUCUUGGUCGUUUCGCUGAGAAUGCGAUUGCAAUUGCCCGGAUCCAAGCUUUUGUUUCUAAAUUCGGAGCAUAAUCGGACUGAGUCUACUUAGGGUUUUCAAAGAGGUUCAAGAGUCGAGAAGCUAGGAUUAGGGUGUCAGUAUGUUGCAGGCGGAGGACAGCUCGAAUUGGAAUCAGUUACCGGCCGCCUAUGGAUUCGCCGGCGUGGAUCUCGACGAUGAGGGUAUGUCGAUGGAUGUAGACACGCUCUUAGGCCUUAUCGCUGAAGAAUCCCCGAGUCGUCCACAGAAUUAUUCCUUGGAAAAUCAAUUGCAAGCUGAAGCAGUUUCCGAUGCUCAGCUCCAAAGUGGAUUUCAAGCGUUGAAGGAAGAACCACCAAUUGAAAAUGAUUUAAUGGGUCCAGGCUCAUGGCAUACUCCAUACAGCUUAGAAGCUUCAGAUUCUGGGGCAGGGGGUCCAGACGGCUCUUUUGAAUCUGCAGGGAACCGUGCAAUGAGUUUUGAUUACAAAGAGAUGGAACCAUCAGCACACACUGGUUCUCCUGGGCAUGCCUACUCUACAAGUCUUAAAGACUGGAAUUCCUUGUUUCCAGGCAAUGAGGCUUGCUUUGCAGAGAGGGUUGCAGUUUCACAGCCCACAUGUAGUACGGCAUCUAGUUUUGCUGAAGGGCAUGCUAACCAUAUUUUGGACCACGGAGAUCCCAAUGUCCUGCAGCAGAAAGCUGACAUGGCAGGGAAAGUUGAUUCUGAAUAUGCUACACAAUGCCUUGGUAUUGAGAACAUGGAUCUAAGUUACAGAACCUAUGGCAAUUUGGGGGAGAAUACCAGAGAAACCCAAGGACCUUCAGAAAAUAAUUCCUGCACAUCUAUGGAAACUACUCUCUGUCAAAAUUCUGAUGUUUUCAGUGACCAUUACCCAGCUUUGUGUGGGAUGAGCUUAGAUAAUACGUUUUUGGCUGAUACCUUAAUGCAUCAUAGUCCUACUAGUUAUUAUUUUCCGAGUAAUGAAGAAAUGAUGGCUAAUGUGAAGGAUGAAUCAGGGGAGUUUCCAACUGAUAGUUCAUGUUCAAGUAGUAAGAUGAAUUUAAAUGGUCAGGAGGGAAUAACUGGUAAAUCUUCUUUCCAGCCAUCAAUGAUUGAUGUUUUAGAUGUGGAGUGGAAUUUUGGGUAUGAUAAUUGUUUACCAGCAAUCAGUGGAAAUUCGUCAAUCAAGCCUCUGAGUUAUACUCAGACAUAUAUAUCAAGCAAAAUGGAACCCAUUGGCGUGAAGGAUGAAAUGAUCGAUGAGUUAGUUGCACCUAGUAGUGUUAUGUGCCAUCCCUAUCGAGCCAUGGAUGAAGCUGUCAGUAGACAGUCUUCUUUCAGUGCUGAUGAUCACUUUUUUGACAAACACUCAAAGCUUUCUGGUUUUGGUAUAUCAACUCAGAAUCUUGGUAACCCAGUGGAUCAUAAAGAAGACAUGAUUGUUUCAUAUAAAGGAGCUUGUCAUUUUCAAGAUAAUAUGAAUGGAAGUUCUACAUCUCCCAUUGAUGGUCCAUCUAUGAAUUCAAAUGCCUCGGAACGUUAUUUGCCAGUUGCUCAGCCAUUCACUUCAAGCAAUAAUCAGGCUUACGUUAAGGACGAACAUGCAGAUUCUAAGAGCAUGCAUCUUUCGAAAGUCAGCCCUGAAUCAAUUCAUAGUAACUUCUCUGACAAGUCUCCUGCAGAAGAUGACUUUGAUGUACGCAUCAUUGAAAAUAUCAGUCAUCCUGCACCCUCAAAUCGCUCUCCAGUGGUUAUCAAUACUAGUUACCAUGCGCCCUUGAAUCGCUUUCCAGCACUUGGAAAUACCCUCGUUAAUUCACCACAAUUGGCACCUAGUGAUCAUUACACAGGAGUGGGAGGCAUGAGAUGCAAGGCAAGAGAUGAGCAAUUGAUUUUGAGAGUAGCAUUGCAGGACCUUUCACAGCCGAAGUCGGAAGCUAUUCCACCAGAUGGACUUUUAGCAGUUCCUCUUUUACGACAUCAGAGAAUUGCAUUGUCAUGGAUGGUUCAAAAGGAGACAGCUAGUUUGCACUGUUCGGGAGGAAUUCUUGCGGAUGAUCAGGGAUUGGGAAAAACAAUAUCGACAAUUGCACUUAUACUUAAGGAAAGGCCUCCUUCUUAUGGGGCUUGUCAAGAUGUUAAAAAGCACGAGCUGGAAACUCUUGAUUUGGACAAUGAUGAUGAUAUGCCUUCUGAGAUUGUUGGACGGAAGCAACAUGCUGAUGCCCGUGAGGUUAUCCCAAAUGGAAUUCAAAAGAAGAGCAUGAAACCUUUGGUACAGACAAAGGGAAGGCCAGCGGCUGGAACACUUGUUGUUUGUCCUACAAGUGUCCUCCGCCAGUGGGCUGAGGAGUUGCAUAAUAAGGUAACUGGAAAAGCUAAUAUCUCUGUGCUAGUUUACCAUGGAAGCAACCGAACGAAGGAUCCUUGUGAGCUGGCUAAGUUUGACGUUGUCCUCACAACAUAUUCAAUUGUCAGCAUGGAGGUCCCAAAGCAGCCUCUUGUUGAUGAAGAUGAUGAGGAGAAAGUGAAGCCAGAAGAGAAUGAUAUUCCACAUGUGGGUUUCUCAUCCAGUAAGAAAAGGAAAUAUCCUCAAGGUUCUGCUAAUAAAUGUUCAAAGGGUAAAAAGGGAUUAGAGAGUGCAAUGCUUGAGUCUGUUGCUCGCCCUCUUGCUAAGGUUGGAUGGUUUAGGGUUGUCCUGGAUGAGGCUCAGAGUAUUAAGAAUCACAGAACUCAAGUGGCUAGGGCCUGUUGGGGUCUGCGUGCAAAACGCAGGUGGUGCUUAUCAGGGACUCCUAUCCAGAAUGCGAUUGAUGACCUUUAUAGCUACUUUAGAUUUCUCAAAUAUGAUCCUUAUGCUGUAUACAAGUCAUUUUGCUCUACAAUUAAGGUCCCAAUUAGUAAGAAUCCAGCAAAAGGGUACAGAAAACUACAAGCUGUUUUGAAGACAAUUAUGUUACGCCGCACAAAAGGCACACUUCUUGAUGGCGAACCUAUUAUUACUUUACCACCUAAAUUUAUAGAAUUGAAAAGGGUGGAGUUUUCAAAGGAAGAACGAGAUUUCUAUUCCAGGCUAGAGGCUGAUUCACGUGCACAGUUUGAGGAAUACGCAGCUGCUGGGACUGUCAAACAAAAUUAUGUUAACAUUUUGUUAAUGCUUUUGCGUCUUCGACAAGCUUGUGAUCACCCUCUUCUUGUUAGACGGUAUGAUUCACAUUCUCUAUGGAGAUCUUCAGUUGAGAAUGCAAAGAAACUUCCCCGUGACAAACAACUUUUGCUUAUGAAUUGUUUAGAAGCUUCUUUGGCAAUAUGCAGCCUCUGCAAUGAUCCACCUGAAGAUGCUGUUGUUUCCGAAUGCGGUCAUGUCUUCUGUAGCCAAUGCAUUUCUGAACAUCUUACUGGCGAUGACAACCAGUGCCCCAACACAAAUUGCAAAGUUAGACUAAACGUUUCUUCAGUGUUUUCAAAAGCCACUUUGAACAGUUCUCUAUCUGACCAGCCUAAUCCAGAUAGCAUUGGUUCAGAAGUUUUUGAUGCUGUAGAGUCUUUCUAUGAGGAUCACUCAUAUAAUUCUUCAAAAAUUAAGGCUGCUCUUGAGGUUCUGUGCGCAAUGUGUAAACCGCAGGCUUGUAUUUCUGGAAAUAGUUGCUUAGAUGACCAAGUUGAUAGAAAUGCUGGCUGUCCUGAAAAUUCUUCUGAUAUUUGUGUGGUUGAACCACUUGAGGAUGUUCCUAAUAGACAGAACUUGGAUGUGGUGACGUGUUCUAAGAAUUCAAAUAAGGUAGUUAGAGAAAAAGCAAUAGUCUUUUCACAGUGGACAAGGAUGCUGGACUUGCUUGAAGCGUGCCUUAAAACCUCUUCCAUUGAGUAUAGAAGACUCGAUGGAACAAUGUCAGUUGUUGCUAGAGAUAAAGCUGUCAAGGAUUUUAACACCCUUCCGGAGGUGUCAGUUAUGAUUAUGUCCUUGAAAGCAGCUAGUCUUGGUCUCAACAUGGUUGCAGCUUGUCAUGUUCUUCUUUUGGAUCUUUGGUGGAAUCCUACCACAGAAGAUCAAGCAAUUGAUAGAGCACAUCGUAUUGGGCAGACUCGUCCUGUUACAGUUUUACGGUUGACUGUGAGAGAUACUGUUGAAGAUCGUAUUUUGGCCCUUCAGCAAAAGAAGAGAGAGAUGGUGGCCUCUGCGUUUGGAGAGGAUGAAACUGGUGGUCGCCAGACUCGUCUGACAGUAGAGGAUCUGAAAUACCUGUUUAUGAUGUGAUUAGAGAGUUUUUAUAGGUUGAGCAGAUUUUGUUUUGCUAACACAAAAGGUAUUGUCAAUAGGUUUGUUUUUGGCAUUGGCAGCAGCAUAAUUGAUAGUUGAAGAAGAUUAUCUGACCAUAGAUCUAAAAGGAGUAGCAUGGGGCUCUAUCAACAAGAAGAUUAUGUUCAUAGUCUGUAUAGAAUCACAUGAUCAUUUUUUUUCCAAAAUUUGUUCUCUAGAAAUUUCUAUUCUUUCCCUGCCCUCGUUUUCUCCAUGAUAUUGUAUAGGAUGUGGAGUAGGAAGUUUAAAGCAAUUAAAGAUGUGAAGUUCCAGUGAA